CACUGCAGUGCAUUGGCUCCCCAGGGUAAGAUUUGAGGAACACUGUGUAGACGAUAGGUGAAAGAAAAGAAAAAAAAACUGAUCAGAGCAUACUUCCUGUGCUAGGCGUGGUUAAACUUUUUCUCUCUUCGCUGUGUACUAGCGUUCAGUGCUGUCUGGGAGGAACCCAGGUUUCAUAUCAAGUGUUUUAUUUGCAGCUACAACAUGAGGAUUUUGCAGCUUCAUCUCUGUCUACUUAUAUGGUGUCAAGCAGCAGAGACUUUAACAGAUCAGCUAAUAAAUUUGGGGCAAAAUGUGACGAUAAACUGUGAUUUUGAAAAUGAGGUUUAUUGGUUUUUACUGAAACUUCCAUAUUCUUCAGUUAUAUUACGCUCUUUCUCAAGCCCAACUCCUUUUUAUUACAAUGAACAUUACAGACAAAAAUAUUCAGUGACCUCUAAACAUCUGGUCAUUAAUAAUGUCACUACGGAUGAGUUAGGAGUUUAUUUCUGCAUGAGCACAGACUCUAAAAGUCCACAGUUCAGCUAUGGCACCAGACUGUACAUCAUUGAACCAACUCCACCAACUGAGUGUCAGAAUUAUACACCAGCAUUGGUAAAGUACACUGAGCAGAAUCAGACGUCAUGGCAGACUCUUACCCUCAUAUCUGGUCUGAUAAAUGCAGUUUUAGUCAUUGUUGUCAUAGGACAAUUGAAGGUUUGUGUUUGUAGAAAUAAAAGGCCUGCAGAACUUUCACAACAACUUCAUAACACUGACCUACAGCCGACACAAUUUAUUCAACAGCAUGUAGAUCCAAACCAAUCACAGCAUGCUGAGGAGGACUCUUCUCUGUUGUAUACAAAUAUUCAUCCUGCUCCAGUCAACAGCACUUAUGUUGCUUUGCAGCUGCCAAAACCAUGAAAAGAAGCGUACAGCUGAACUCAUACUUAUUUCACCACGUCUAAGAACAAACUGAAACUCUUGCGGUUGUCCAAGCACACAUUUAGAUGAUGGAUGUGCACUGUGGUUUGGUUUGCUUCAGAAAAAGUAUUGCAUCUAUACUGGUGGCCUGCACUUUGACCCAGUCAAGAGUUUUUCUCUUUGUGUAAUACUAUAAAUGUAAAUCUUUACAUUUAUGUUAUGGAAUAUCUUCAGUCAGUCACUUAUGAAGUUCAUGUGAUUGGUAAAAAAGUGGAUGGAGCAAACAUGACUUGUUUGACGUGAUUGACAUGUGAUAUUUUGUGAUGCUAACAUUUGUGUAUCAGACCCCCCCCCCCCCACAAGUGUUUGAUAUGCUAUGAUAUAGUACGCAUUAUAGAUUUUAUUGCAAAUGAAAGCCUUUCAGUGACUGCUAAUGUUAUUACCUUAAAGUGCUAAUUAAAAACUUAUAAAAUGUAAGUGUCAUGAAAUCCCCUUAUAUCAUCACACUUCUGAAGAAUGCUUAAAAAAGGUGUGAUAAUUUGCAGAAAGGAACAUAUGGAGGUGGGGACAGCCACACACGUCUAGAUCUGAGAUAAGCAGAGUAAUACUAGCAAUAUUUGUCAACUGAGAAUAAUAGUUGUUCUGAACAUGUAGGUUAAGUUUUCAAGCCACACUGCUGCUAUAGCUGGAAUUCAGCAACAAGUCUCAUAAAUCAGCCAGUAAUGUCUAAAAAUGCAAGCGUUGGAUCAGAUUUCUCAUUCUUUUUGACAAUGACUUUUGUUAAAUUUCCAUUAUGUUUUCUCCAUUAAAUACAAAGACUGUAUGAAUAAAACUUGUGUGUUUAAGCAGUUUUAUUGGAAAAACAAAUGCAUGCUGAACAGACUCUGGC